AGACGCACUCACACCACACCGAACCCCAACACGCACACUCCCCGGCUAUGGGCACCACAGGCCCCUGGCUCUCCCCUGCACACUCUCCCUGCCAGAUGACUGACACGUGUCCUCCCACACAUAACUCGGUCACACUCGCUCCUUUUCCAGGACACCCCCAUUCACCGCGUGACAGGCUGGUACUCUCCCCACGACCUCACAGGCCUCCCUGAAACUCCCAGUGCCAGGGCCACGAAGGGGUUAAAGCCAGAGUCCUGCCUCCCCGCUGCUCCUCUCCCCCUCACUCUCCCCCCUUUAUCCUCUCUGCUGGACUCCAUCAAUAAUGCAGCUUCAAGUUCUGGGGAGACCGCAGGGGGCCCCCCCCCAGCCGGCUCCAGGGGCCUUGGCUCCAACUCCCACCCUCCUCCCAACCCCAGGAGAACACGAUUCUCCGUGCUCAUUGGCCACUUUCUCCUAAGCCCUCCCUCCGAGCGCCCGGGCGCCAGUCCCAGGCGGAGGGGACUGGCUGGGGACCCCAAAGCCGGGACCCGAGGGGUGAGUCGGGCAGAGGCACAGAGACAAACAGAGAGGAAGAGAGGCUGAGGGAGGGAGGUGGAGAAGGGCGGGAGAGGCAGAGAGAAGAGACACGCAGAGACACUCAGGAGAGGAGAGACACUCAGGAGGGGACAGACAUCGAGACGCAGAGACACCCAGGCCGGGGAGCGCGAGGGAGCGAGGCACAGACCCGGCGCAGCAAGCGCGGCGGGCGAGCCCCGAUCCCAGAGAGCCAGGGGGCGCGCCCAACCCGGGCGCCGACCCUCCUCCCGCUCCCGCGCCCUCCCCACGGCAGGCGCGGUAUUUUUAUCCGUGUGCGAACAGCUCUCCUCCUCCUCCCGCGGCACAGCCAGCCGCCUGCGCGGGGGAGCCAAGCACCUACUGCCGCUGGGACCCCGAGUCGCGCGCUCCAGCCCGCCACCUGUCCCGCGAGCCAUGGACCCCAAGGACCGCAAGAAGAUCCAGUUCUCGGUGCCCGCGCCCCCUAGCCAGCUCGACCCCCGCCAGGUGGAGAUGAUCCGUCGCAGGAGACCAACCCCUGCCAUGCUCUUCCGGCUCUCAGAGCACUCCUCACCAGAAGAGGAGGCCUCCCCACACCAGAGAGCCUCAGGAGAGGGACACCACCACAAGUCGAAGAGAGCCAACCCCUGUGCCUACACACCCCCUUCACUGAAAGCUGUGCAGCGCAUUGCUGAGUCUCACCUGCAGACUAUCAGCAACUUGAAUGAGAACCAGGCCUCGGAGGAGGAGGACGAGCUGGGGGAACUUCGGGAGCUAGGUUAUCCAAGAGAGGAAGACGAGGAGGAGGAGGAGGAGGAGGAUGAAGAAGAGGAGGAAGAAGAGGAUAGCCAGGCUGAAGUCCUGAAGGUCAUCAGGCAGUCUGCUGGGCAGAAGACAACCUGUGGCCAGGGUCUGGAGGGGCCCUGGGAGCGCCCACCCCCUCUGGAUGAGCCGGAGAGAGAUGGAAGCUCUGAGGACCCAGCACUAAGUGAGCCUGGGGAGGAACCUCAGCGCCCUUCCCCCUCUGAGCCUGGCACAUAGGCACUCAGCCCUGCAUCUCCCAGGAAGAAGUGGAGGGGACAUCGCUGCUCCCCAGAAACCCACUCUAUCCUCGCCCUGUUUUGUGCCCUUCCCCUUGCCUGCUAGGGCUGUGGCUUCUGACUUCUAGAAGACUAAGGCUGGUCUGUGUUUGCUUGUUUGCCCACCUUUGGCUGAUGCCCAGAGAACCUGGGCACUUGCUGCCUGAUGCCUACCCUGCCAGUCAUUCCUCCAUUCACCCAGUGGGAGGUGGGAUGUGAGUCAGCCCACAUUGAAAAAUCCAGAAAACCGGGAACAGGAAUUUGCCCUUCAUAAUUCUACUCCCCAGAUCCUCUCCCCUGGACACAGGAGACCCACAGGGCAGGACCCUAAGAUCUGGGGAAAGGAGGUCCUGAGAACCUUAAGGUACCCUUAGAUCCUUUUCCAUCCCCUCUUCUAUGGAGGAUUCCAAGUCACCACUUCUCUCACUGGCAUCUACUAGGGUCCAGGACUAAGGCGUCUUUCUCCACAGCCUCAACAUUUUGGAAAACUUCCGCUUAUCACCCUUGCUCCUCCUGGGUCCCUGGAAGAGGGACUGGCAGAGACUUCUUUGUUGCGUUUCGUUUGUGCUUUGAUGCCAGGAAUGCCGCCUAGUCUAUGUCCUCAGUGGGGCACAUAGUGGGGGGCACUAGGUUUUCCUUGUCCCCCAGCUGCUCUGCCCCCUUCCCCUUCUUCCCUGACUCCAGGCCUGAACCCCUCCCGUGCUGUAAUAAAUCUUUGUAAAUAAC